AUGCUGUUAGGAAGACUCGCUGCACUGAGAGUCAGCGUGGCGGCCGCUGUGGCCGUGGUGAUUCUCUUGAACAUCGCCAUCUUCAGCAGAUCGGACUCCAACGUCUAUACCAACGCUGCCGACGCUGGGCUCGAACUGGGGCUCGACGCGCUCACCUCGAAUGAGUACACUGAGUCCUUGCGCAAGGGCUUGUUGGAGGCCCACAAGGAGACGGUGCUUGACCAGAUCAAGGCAGAUCUAGCCAAAGCCCACGAGCAGCAGUUUCUCGAGGAGCUCCGCCAGAAGGUCAAGAAGGAGCAUGAGCAAAACAUGAUCCGCCAGCUUCAGAAGCAGUUGGACAGAGACUUUACUCAGUCGUACUACACCUUGAAAAACAAGCACUACGAUCUCUUCCAGAGCUUGCAGGGCAAAUACUAUGAGGAGAACAAGGAUCAGUUCAAGGAGUUCGAGAUCUUCGCCGCGGUCGAUGCUGCUUUGGGCGUCGACUCGUCCCUGGAGCUCAAAUCCAAGGUCCGUGAGAAACUCGAAAAGAGCAUGUCCCGAAAAGAGUACUUCCGCUUUGUCCUAGAGGACUUGAUUGUAAAGAACGCUCCAAACAUGGGGCCUUUGACCAAAGAAGAGCUCGGUGAUGACCUCAAGUACUGUGCUUGGGUCACCAGUCCUGUCAUCUACGAUAGAAAUAAGCUCGACAUCGUCAAGUUCAGCAGUGAAAGGUUUCACGACUUCCAGAAAAAUCACGAUAACCUCGUCAAUCUGCUUCGGUUGUUGAGUUAUCCCCCUUCUCAUAUCUUCAGCGGCGACGGCAUUGUCCUCAGCUCUGGUGGCGCCUACUUUGCCGGCGCCUUUGUCACAAUCGCUCAGAUAAGAGAAACGGGCUCCAAGCUUCCGAUUGAGGUCAUGAUCAAUACGCAAGAGGAGUACGACGCUCAGUUGUGCUCUACCCUUGAAAAUACCUUCAACGCCCGCUGCGUGGUGAUUGAAAACGAAAUUGGUAACGAAAUGUUGACAAAAUUAAAGUUGACUAAGUUUCAGCUCAAAAUUCUCGGCCUUCUCGUCACCUCCUUCGAAAACGUUAUUGCCAUCGAUGCUGACAACUUGCCUCUCAGUAAUCCAGAUAAGUUGUUGCUGACUCCCCAAUACUUGAGCACCAAAUUCCUCCUCUGGCCCGAUCUUUGGCAAAGAACCAUCUCGCCUACUUACUACAACAUUGCCAGAAUUCUGCCAGGCAUGCCUGUUAGAAGAUACGGUAUCCCGAACGAUGAAGAUGGCAAGGAUUAUUUCUCGAGAAAUCCUGGCUCAGUGCAUUUCCACGAUCGUGAGGGUCUUCCGAGCGCCGUUUCCACUGAGACUGGGCAGAUGGUAUUCUCGAAGCGUGAACACUUCAGAGCAUUGUACUUGUCUCUCUACUAUAACGUUUAUGGUGCAUCUCACUACUGGAGAAUGUUUUACCAGGGAAGUCCUGGUGAGGGUGACAGGGACACGUUCGUUCCUGCUCUUCAUGUUUUCAAUGAGCCAUACCACGUGGUUGACAGAUCUACGUGGUUGGCAGGAUUUGACGAGAAAAGUGGCCGCUUCCAGGAGACAACCAUUGUACAAUACGACCCUCUCACCUCAGCGGGCUUUGUGAAAGAAUGGAAGAAGUUCCUUGCUAAAAAGGGCAAAGAUCUUCGGUUGUUAUUCGAUCAGAACAAUGACCACACCAGGGGACUCCUAGAAGAGUUUCAAAAUGAAAUGGGUCAGGACCUACCUCCAUUACCAGAGGUAAUGUUCCUUCAUGUUCAUAGACCGAAGAUAAACCCUGUGUUGGAGACGGAUCCAAAGGGAUACUUCGAUUGCUUCCAACAAAGAAACCUCGGUCUACCGGGCAGGUAUACGGAUCACUUCGGCAAGACCGACUGGGAGCUCCGAUUCAACUUGAUAUCUCGAUGGGCUGCUUGCAGGGGUCUCAGCAGUCCAGCUUGGUGGGACUCGGUCAAGCGAGACCAGACUAAAGUGUGUCAAGCAGUUUCCGACUAUGUCAAGUUUUUGGAAAAAGAUUCGAAAGAUCCUAAAGCUCAUGAGUUCAAAAAUAUUGUAGUUAAUUUUUGA